AUGAAACGACAGCAAUCUAAUGCAGAGUGGAUUCAUCACACACAUUUAAUUUAUAUAUGUAUAUUUAUUUGUUCCUUAGCUUUAGCUUUCUGAGGUUCUUUGCUUUUUUGAAGUUGUCAAAGAAUAAUGAUAUUUUUUAUUCAAUUAUUGCUAUGUGAAAUAGAAAAUCAAAACCCAGAAAUACUAAGGAAGGAAUCACGGCGUUGCAUAUCUUCUUGGAAGGAAAUGACAAAAUUGAGAUAUAUACAUACAUUGCAUGAAUUGUUUACUAAGCUUUGGUUUUGUCAAUGCCUGUUGUUCAUUCCUAUUUCUAAUCUUAUCCUGUUUAGGGGGAUUGGUGAUUAUGUUUUUUUUUAUUGUUAUUAAGAAGCUUCAUGAGCUGAGCUGUACGUUGACAUGUUCAUCAAGCAUCCUUGGAUUACAAGGCUACGUUCGUUAAUCAUACUAUCCAUUCUUUGGUUCACCCGCCACCUGUUCGACGAAAGUCCUCUAUGAAACUUGAUGAGAAGCAUUUUAUUAGUUUGCUGUGCUGAAUCUGUUUUCAGACAAGAAUUGGUGAUACUGGGAAUCAAGACAUUAGAUUAGAUUCAAAUUCGAUUCGAUUUGAUUCGAUUAGUUUUGUGUGUUGCUGCUGCUGCUGCUUCUGGUUGGAUUGGUUUGUUAUUACUAACAAAUGACAGGGAUACAUCAUCAUCUUUAUCAUCAUCACAAUCAUUAUGGAUUUGGGAGUGAUUUCGCCUGCGAUUUUCCGGAUUCCUUCCCCCAAAGCUAUGGCAGCCAUCAGCAAUUUGCACAGGUAUGGAGCCAAUCAGGUGCAGUGCUGGAGAAUGGCUCACAGCAGCAGAGCAGCAGCAAUCUAUGGCCUAAUAAUGAUUCUCCAUCUGCCAUGAUCAGUCGAAUUGGCUCAGGCGAAGGUUCGCCGGCUUCUGCCUUCUUUGCAACUGAAUUCUACAUGGGGUUGCCGCAGCAGCAUGGUGCACAGGUUAUCAAAUCCACUUGCUGCUCCAGUGAUCAUCAUCAUCAUCAUCAAUUCAAGAAUUCCAAUCAAAGUUGCCAAUCCGGUGGUCGUGUAUUCCUUGGAACUUCUGAACCAGGCAACCGGUUCGAUGAUGGUUUGCCAUCAAACUGCAGGAACCAAAUCAGUCUCUUGGAGAGUGAACAGCUGCAACACCUGAGAAACAGGCUUCUUGGAGAUCUUGAUUGUUCCAUUAAUGGCGGAACCCCAUCUCCUUCUCUUCCAUCCAAUUCAGAUCAGGACCUUCAGACACAGGUGGCGGCGCAAAGUUUAUUCUCGUCGCAUCUUUCCAAUAUAAAGCAGUUUGCAAGACCACCGGUUUCCCCUGGAUCCAGCUCAUCAAGCAAGACCAGGAUCAGAUGGACACCAGAUCUUCAUGAUCGAUUUGUGGAGUGUGUGAAUCGACUCGGUGGCCCUGACAGAGCAACACCAAAGGCAAUCCUAAAUCUUAUGGAAACAGAAGGACUCACUAUUCUACAUGUCAAAAGCCACUUGCAGAAAUAUCGAAAUGUGAAGAACUUACCAGAAUCAGUGGAAGGGAAAUCGGAUAAGAAGACCGGAACAGCGAGUGCAACACAAAUCGAUAUUGAAACAGGCGUGCAACUGAAGGAGGCACUGCUGCUGCAAAUAGACGUCCAAAGGCGUCUUCACGAGCAACUAGAGAUUCAAAGAAACUUGCAGCUGAGGAUUGAAGAACAAGGGAAGCAGCUGAAAAAGAUGUUUGAUCAGCAACAGCAACAGCAACAAAAGACAUUGUCCUGAUGAGAUUAUCAUUCAUGUUUAAGAUAGCUUAAACAACUAUGGAUCUCUCUCCCAAGAAUAAGAUUAUUCCUUUUCUUAAAAAAAAAUAAAAAUUAAGUUAUAAGAAAUUUAUUUUGGCAGCCUUUAAGUGCAAUAGCCUACAACGUUUUGAAUCUAGACCUUCUAGCUGUAAAUUCACUAGAGCUUCGUCUCUG